UGUGUGGAGUAAAGUCCUUCUUGGACUUCAUAGAGUCGUUCUCUCUUCUCCUCAGGAACUGCUCAAACCUAUGCCCCAGAGAUGAGGGCCCAGGAGGACCCCCAGGGCCAGACGCAGCAUGAGUCCCUGGGCUCUGCAGGGAAUUUCACCAGGGACUCCCCAACAUCCCGGCCCACAGAGCCCACGUUUGACAUGUUGUACAAGAUCGAGGACGUGCCGCCUUGGUACCUGUGCAUCCUGCUAGGCUUCCAGCACUACCUGACAUGCUUCAGUGGCACCAUUGCUGUGCCCUUCCUCCUGGCCGAGGCGCUGUGUGUGGGCCGUGACCAGCACAUGGUCAGUCAGCUCAUCGGCACCAUCUUCACCUGCGUGGGCAUCACCACGCUCAUCCAGACCACGCUGGGCAUCCGGCUGCCACUGUUCCAGGCCAGCGCCUUUGCAUUUCUGGUUCCAGCCAAAGCCAUCCUGGCCCUGGAGAGAUGGAAAUGCCCCCCAGAAGAGGAGAUCUACGGUAACUGGAGUCUGCCCCUGAACACGUCUCAUAUCUGGCACCCAAGGAUGCGGGAGGUCCAGGGUGCAAUCAUGGUAUCCAGCAUGGUAGAGGUGGUCAUUGGACUCAUGGGGCUGCCUGGAGCCCUGCUCAGCUACAUUGGGCCUCUCACAGUCACCCCCACUGUCUCCCUCAUUGGCCUGUCUGUCUUCCAGGCUGCUGGUGACCGAGCUGGCUCGCACUGGGGUAUCUCGGCCUGCUCCAUUCUCCUGAUCGUCCUCUUCUCCCAGUACCUACGCAACCUCACCUUCCUGCUGCCUGUCUACCGCUGGGGCAAGGGUUUCACUUUCUUCCGGAUUCAGAUCUUCAAGAUGUUUCCCAUUGUGCUGGCCAUCAUGACGGUGUGGCUGCUCUGCUACAUCCUGACCCUGACAGACGUGCUACCCACGGACCCAGCAGCGUAUGGCUUCCAAGCACGGACUGAUGCCCGUGGGGACAUCAUGGCUAUUGCGCCCUGGAUCCGCAUCCCCUACCCCUGUCAGUGGGGCCUGCCUACAGUGACCGUGGCUGCUGUUCUGGGAAUGUUCAGUGCGACACUAGCAGGCAUCAUUGAGUCCAUUGGCGAUUACUAUGCUUGUGCCCGCCUGGCUGGGGCCCCACCCCCUCCAGUACAUGCUAUCAACAGGGGCAUCUUCACCGAAGGCAUCUGCUGCAUUAUCGCUGGCUUACUGGGCACAGGCAACGGGUCCACCUCGUCCAGCCCUAACAUCGGCGUCCUGGGGAUUACCAAGGUGGGCAGCCGGCGCGUGGUGCAGUAUGGAGCGGGUAUCAUGCUGGUCUUGGGCACCAUCGGCAAGUUCACGGCCCUCUUCGCGUCCCUCCCUGACCCCAUUCUGGGGGGCAUGUUCUGCACCCUCUUUGGCAUGAUUACCGCUGUGGGGCUGUCCAACCUACAGUUUGUGGACAUGAACUCCUCCCGCAACCUCUUCGUUCUUGGAUUUUCCAUGUUCUUUGGACUGACGCUUCCCAAUUACCUGGAGUCCAACCCAGGAGCCAUCAAUACAGGUGCUUCUGACUUGGACCAGAUUCUGACCGUGCUGCUGACCACGGAGAUGUUUGUGGGCGGGUGCCUUGCUUUCAUACUGGACAACACGGUACCAGGGAGCCCAGAGGAACGAGGUCUGAUACAGUGGAAAGCUGGGGCUCAUGCCAACAGUGAGACGUCUACCAGCCUCCAGAGCUAUGACUUCCCCAUUGGAAUGGGCAUGGUAAAAAGAAUUGCCUGUCUGAAAUACAUUCCCAUCUGCCCAGUCUUCAAAGGAUUUCCUACAAAGUCAAAAGGUCAGCUUCCAGAACCAGAAGAUAUUCCAGAAAAUAUGGAAACUGGAUCUGUGUGCACCAAGGUCUGAAAAAUUACUUCCAAGAAAGGAAGCUCAAAAUAUUAACAGGAAAAGAAAACUACACAGGGAGCCAGAAGACCCAAGUCUGAUAUUCCAGCUGUGCCCAUGAAUUUUCAUAUAAGCACGAAUGAGCCGACUUUUCUGGAAUUCCAUUUUUGCAUCAGUUUAAAAAAGAGGGAGGGGGCCAGCAGGUACAUAGUGGUUAAGGCACUGAACUCUCACACUGACGACUGCAGCUUGAG